GAGAGGAGCAGACUAAGGACUCUGGCAUGUCCAGAUAAAAGUGUAAGAAAGGGGCUGAAAGCCUAGGACACCCGGAAGGUUCUAAGCUGGAGACACCUGUUGCAGUCAGGUCAAGAGCAAGACAGAGGCUUGGCCCUGAGGUUCCUUCCCCUGCCACCUGCUGCUCACCGAUCCCUAAAAAGAUGGCUGGCCCAUUCACCUUCACCCUCCUCUGUGGUUUGCUGGCAGCUACUUGGGCUGGAGCCACCCUCAGUCCCCCUGCGGUUCUUAGCCUCGGCCAAGAAAUCAUCAAAGAAAGGCUGACACAGAAGCUGAACAACCACGAUGCCAUCGGCAUCCUCCAGCAGCUGCCACUGCUCAGCGCCAUACGGGAGAAGCCAGCCGGGGGCAUCCCCAUACUAGGCAAUGUGGUCAACUCCAUCCUCAACCAUAUCAUCUGGCUGAAAAUCACCUCAGCCAACAUCCUGCAGCUGCAGGUGGAACCCUCAGAUGAAGGCCAGGGGCUGGCGGUCAACAUUCCCCUGGACAUGGUGGCUGGACUCAACACGCCCCUGAUCAAGACCAUCGUGGAGAUACACAUGGAAACGGAGGUCCAAGCCAUCAUCCGAGGGAACACCGGUGAGAGAGGCCACGCCCACCUCGUCUUCGACGGCUGCUCCAACAGCCAGGGGAGCCUGCGCAUCAGCCUGCUGCAUAACUCUCCCCUUCUCCUCUCCGGAAGACUCUCCUUCCUGGUCAACUCCUUAGCCCACAGGGUCAUGAACCUCCUGGUGCCAGCCCUGCCCAAGCUGGUGAAAACUCAGCUGUGUCCCGUGAUCCAGGCGGCCUUUGAGGACAUGCAUGCGGACCUCCUGCACCUGGUGAGGGUGCCCGUUUCCCUCGGCUCUGACCGCCUGGAGUUUGACCUUCUGUCUCCUACCAUCAGUGGUAAUGUCAUCCAGCUCGAGCUGGGGGCCAAGUUGUUGAACUCCCAUGGAGACGUGACCAAGUGGUUCAACAAGUCUGCAAUUUCCCUAACAGUGCCCUACCUGGAUAGCACCCCCUUCAGCCUCACUGUGAGGCAGGAUGUGGUGAACGCUGCAAUAACCGCCUUGCUUCCUCCAGAGGAACUCGUAGUCCUGUUGGACUAUGUGCUUCCUGAGCUGGCCCACCGGUUGAAGUCAAACAUCAAGGUGAUCAGUGAACAGGCUGCAAAUCAGCUGGGGCGCACACAGAUGGUGAAGAUCCUAACCCGGCAGACCCCAGAGCUCCGUCUGGACCAGGGCAGUGCCAAGGUGGUCCAGUUGAUUGUGCUGGAAGUCUUCGCCACCAAUGAAGCCCACCACCCCUUCUUUACCCUGGGCAUCAGAGCCAGCUCAGAAGCCCAGUUUUACACCAAAGAUGACCGACUUAUGCUCAACUUUAAUGGAAUCAGCUCUGAUUGGAUCCACUUGAUGAACUCAGGCAUUGGCCUGUUCAGCCCUGAACUUCUGAAAGACAUCACCACUGAGCUCCUCGUCUCUAUCCUACUGCCAAACGAGAACGGCAAAUUAAGAUCUGGGAUCCCAAUAUCGAUGGUGAAGGCCUGGGGAUUCAAGGAAGCUUCAUCCUUUCUUACCAAGGAUUCCCUUGUGGUCACCCCAGCCACCUCGUAGACCGCAGGACUGCUCUCCUCUCUCCCAUGAAGACUUGGAUGGUGGCCAUCCAGGGUAGGCUGGGUGCCAGAGGGAGUAUGUAGACCGUCUCUCUCUGCAAUAAAUAAAUACUUGUCUGUGA